AUGGGAAGUCGUCCUGUGGGCUGCUCAGACGAGGUUUCUGCCAUUUGUAAUGUAAUUUUUUUAGCUUUGACUCGUGUUUAUGUUGCCCAAAGUGCCCAAUCUCAUGUUAAACCAAUUCGAUAUCCUACUGUUUCUUACGACGAUUUAACCAAACCGGAAGGGUCAUGGCAGGAGCACUAUGAAAAUAUUAAUAAGGAGUAUACUCGCUAUAUGUACUACGGCCUAGCUACGUUCGCGAUCUCUAUUGGCAUAACCAUUUACGUCGCUGAUUUUGGUCGUUACGCUGAACAAUUUCACCGAAAUACACCCGAGGGUCUCAGCUUCUUGAAUCCCAAGCCCGAGAUUCUUGAAGAAAUCCAAAAUUAA